UUCAACUUUUAUUCGCUCUAACACCAAAUAGCUGUGAAAAUUCAUACCACAACGUAAAAUUUGACCAUACCUUUGUAUCAGAAAAGAUGUUUUACUUUUACAUAACAGUUUACCAUCACCGCAAAACGUCAUCAUUUUCAUGAUUAUGCAAAUUUAGCAGAUUGUUUCGAGCUUUAUACGUUUUCAAAUUGUGACUGAAUUUGAUCCGCAAAAUACUGAAUAGCCUUUUGUAAUUGGCGGCACUUUCAAUUUUGAUUAAAUUAAAAUACUUUUUGAGAAACAAUACAAACAUUGAUAUUGUGAUGCUGAAGCUUGGGCAAAUAAAAGCAAGGUUAACUUAUUAUUUUGUUGCCCAAGGAUAAAAUGUAAAGUUCGAUUCAAGUUGUUAACUUAUUCAAUUGAAAACAUUCACAUUGUUUUAUUUUUUCAUAUAUUUAGUGUUUGCAAAAGCUAUAGGACUUGAUUUAAUUUUGACAUAAAAAUAGCCGACAAAAUGCUCGCGGAUGUAUUCAAGUGUGUUGUGGUCGGGGACGGAAUGGUGGGCAAAACUUCAAUGCUGUAUUCAUACACGGAAAACAAAGUACCAAAAGACUACAUCCCGACAGUCUUCGACAACCACUUGGCCAAACUAUUUUACCAGGGGCUGCCAUACGGCUUGCAAUUGUGGGACACUGCCGGCCAGGAAGACUACGACAGACUACGGCCACUUUCAUAUCCUCAAACAGACAUCUUCCUUGUCUGCUUCUCAAUAGAAAAGAUGGACUCAUACCAAAAUGUGAAAACAAAGUGGGCACCUGAGCUUAGAUCACACGACUUGCGAGUGCCGCUGAUUCUAGUGGGCACUAAGUGUGACCUCAGAUGCACAUACAAGGUGGAUCAGAUGAUCCAGAAUUCCGGCACUCAUUCCAGACACUCCUCCAGAGACAUACAGAAGAGCAGAGGAAAAGUCAAAAACAACAACAUCAACAGCACUGUUGCAGUAUUACACCCCAAAAUGGGUAUCAAACUGGCGAAGAAAAUUAAAGCAGAAAUGUAUAUCGAGUGCUCUGCCAUGACCCAGCAAAAUCUAUCCAUUGUCUUCGAGUCAGCUCUCAAAAUCUGUCUAAGAAAAAGAAACGGAGGAGUCAAAUUCAGAUCUCGCAGCGAAAGUCAGAGAAAGCAACGACCUGAAAGCAUAUUGGCAACAAGACCCUCAGAUAAGUCAUCCAAAUGUAGUAUUAUGUGACUCUGUCUGCAGUCGGAACUGUUUGAAAUUUAGUUGUUUAAUUUAUUUAUUUUUGUAUAAGUGAAUUGGUUGUGCUAAUUAACAUUAAUAAUUUGAA